CUGGGAUCAGGAAAAGGAGAAAUCAAGUCUGCCCCACGGAGCAUCCCCCAACCAAUGUCUCCCUCUGAUUUCCUGGACAAACUUAUGGGCCGAACGUCAGGGUAUGAUGCUCGCAUCAGACCUAAUUUCAAAGGCCCGCCCGUCAACGUGACAUGCAACAUCUUCAUCAACAGUUUUGGUUCGGUCACAGAAACCACUAUGGACUACCGUGUCAACGUCUUCUUACGACAGCAGUGGAAUGACCCUCGCCUGACAUACCAUGAGUACCCUGAUGAUUCAUUGGACCUCGACCCCUCUAUGCUCGACUCCAUCUGGAAGCCAGAUUUGUUCUUUGCCAAUGAGAAGGGAGCCAACUUCCAUGAGGUCACUACAGACAACAAACUUCUGCGCAUCUUCAAGAACGGGAAUGUGCUCUACAGCAUCAGGUUGACAUUAAUCCUCUCCUGUCCCAUGGAUCUCAAGAACUUCCCCAUGGACAUCCAGACAUGUACAAUGCAACUGGAGAGCUUUGGCUACACAAUGAAUGACUUGAUCUUUGAGUGGGUGAAGGAGCAAGAAGCUGUCCAGGUGGCCGAGGGCUUGACGCUCCCUCAGUUUAUUCUACGGGAGGAGAAAGACCUGGGCUACUGCACAAAAUCUUACAAUACAGGGAAGUUCACCUGCAUUGAGGUAAAGUUCCAUCUGGAAAGACAGAUGGGAUACUACCUGAUCCAGAUGUACAUUCCCAGCCUGCUGAUUGUCAUUCUCUCCUGGGUCUCCUUUUGGAUUAACAUGGAUGCUGCUCCAGCCCGCGUGGGGCUCGGCAUUACCACAGUGCUCACCAUGACUACCCAGAGUGCAGGUUCUCGGGCAUCUCUGCCAAAGGUCUCCUACGUCAAGGCAAUUGACAUCUGGAUGGCUGUCUGCCUGCUCUUUGUCUUUGCUGCCUUGCUAGAGUAUGCAGCAGUCAACUUUGUCUCACGCCAACACAAGGAGUUCAUGCGCCUGCGCAGAAGGCAGCGGCGGCAGCGAAUGGAGGAAGAGAUUGUCCGUGAAAGCCGGUUCUACUUCCGGGGAUACGGCUUGGGCCAUUGCUUGCACAUGAAGGAUGGAGGAGCCAUGGAGAGUCCCAAGAUCUACAGCCCUCCACCUCCGACCUCACUCCUGAAAGAUGGAGAGAUGAUCCGGAGGCGCUACUUGGACAGGGCCAAGCGGAUUGAUACCAUCUCCCGGGCCGUCUUCCCUUUCACCUUCUUGGUAUUCAACAUUUUCUACUGGGUGGUCUACAAAGUGAUGCGCUCGGAGGAUAUCCACCAAGCCAUGCCCUGA